AUGACAGGCAGACUAUCUAUAUUCCUUGGAGUCUCCCUGGUGAUAGUCUCUUCGGCCUUUGUGCCCUUGACACCACAGUUGGCGUCCAAUAAACACGCCGUGAUUGCAUCAGCACAGAAUCCUCCAUCGACGACGACAACAUCACUCAAUAACGGCUUUCUUUUGGACGUUCCCGAUAGUUUCUUCACUGUCACUUUUCUAGGUGCUGGUAUUCUGUUGGGUAUCUCCCGUCAAUUCAAUCGCUUGCGCAUGGAAGAACGAGCCUGGGAACAACGCCUCGAAGAGGGACGGCGUCGUCGUUUGGAACAGGAUCCAACCCUCACCGAGCUGGAUCUAAGACGAAAAGAAGCGGAACUGGAAUGGUCUGCCUAUGGCAAGCCACGUAUGAUGCGUGAACAAGCCGAGCGAGAAUUGGUGGGAAAUAGUAGAAGAAAGCGAGUCAAAGUGUUGGAACGCGAGGAAGAUGAAGACGAAGAAGAUGUCUUGCAACGACAAUAUACCAUGACGGAUGAUGAAAUUGAUCGAUUCGAACUGGAAUUUGGAAUUGAUUACGAUCCCUACUACGAUGACCCUUACACCGAAGAAGAACUCCCGGAAGGAAGAUUCAACUUGGACAAACAGUAUGGUGAUCGUAUCUAUGACGACGGAGAAAUCUUUUACAAGGACGCAGAUACGGGCCUUUACUACAGGCAAGGGGCCAAGCCCAGAUCCAUUAGCUUCUUUGGGCCGUAG